UAUGUCGCGGAUUUGAUCGGUAGAGUCUAGUAGACGCGUGAGAGCGCAUCAGUAUAUACGUGUUGGUGUCGAUGUACUUUGGCAACGCGCGAAAUAUGCGCGUGUUCAGUUGCACGAUACAUUAUCUACUUUGGAAUAAAUAAGCAAUCCGAUAUUAGGUAGCGCAGAAAGGCAAUCAGGCGACCUUAAAGCUCAAGUUAAAGCCGUUAAAGUGAAAUGCAAUCGGAUUCCGUUGAUUUUGUAACGUAAUCACGCGUGAGUCCCGACGCUCGAAUCAGUGGGUGACGACGCGCCGAACAUUCUUUUCGACUGCUCAGGGUGAGCCGGAGCUCGUCCGAAGGAGGGACAAACACUGCAGACAGGAUGCAUUGGGUCAGGAUCUCGUUGAUCCUGUGCAUGUUCGGAUGCUUCAAGGACUUCCGGCCGUCGGAAUCGUUCGUGACGAAUUAUCUGACGGGGCGAUGGAAGAAUUUUACAGAAAACGAGGUGAAUCAAGAUAUUUAUCCUGUGAGCACAUACAGUUACGCGGCGAUGCUGAUAUUUGUCUUCCUGAUCACGGACUUUGUUAGAUAUAAGCCCAUUAUCAUACUCUGCGGCCUCUCGGGUGUCACCACCUUCGUCCUCAUAAUACUCGGCAGGAGCGUGCUGUUGAUGCAGAUCAUGGAGCUCUUUUACGGCCUGUUUCUGUCGGCAGAGGUGGCCUACUACACAUAUAUAUACGCCAAAGUGGACAAGAAGCACUAUCAAGAAGUGACGGGUCACACCAAAGCGGCCUCCCUGUUUGGCCGCAGCAUGUCUGGCGUGGUUGCACAAUUAACAGCUUCCUUCGACUUGUUGGACUAUCAUCAGCUCAAUUACAUCACUAUCGCGGCUUUCAGCAUGGCGACGAUCUGGUCGUUCUUCCUACCCUCCGUGGGCCAAUCGAUCUAUUUCCAUCGAACGGAUGAUGAAGAGGAGAAUCCCGCCGGCGAGCGGGAGAAGGAGAAGAUCGCUCGGUCGGGACGAUGCGGCCCCCGGUGGCUGUGCUGUUGCGGCGGAUCUAAUCACGGUGACGCGUCCGACGACAAAUACCAAUCUUCCUUCUGCAACGUGCAGUGCCGGCGCCUUCGCAACACGUGUCUGUGCGGCGCCGAGAGCAGCGUCACUCGCGAAUCGCUCCGCAAGAUCGGGCGAGCGUACGCGCUGCUGUGGAGGCACUUCGUGCAGGCCUACGCGGAUCACCGCGUUCUCAAGUGGUCCUUGUGGUGGGCCCUGGGCACCUGCGGUUACCUGCAGAUCGCCAAUUACAUGCAGCUGCUCUGGCAGGACUCGGUCCUGCCAACCGACAAGAUCUACAACGGCGCCGUCGACUUUUUGUACGCGAUUCUAGGUGCGUUCACCGUAUUUUGCGUAGGAAAGAUACCACUGAACUGGGUCGUAUUUGGAGACAUGUCGUUGUCUAUAUUCUCGUUUUUCGGAGGCGCCAUCAUGGUGGCGUCUUCGUAUAGCCACAACAUCUGGUUCCUCUAUGCCACCUACAUCAUAUUCGGUGUGAUCUAUCACACCAUGGUCACCGUAGCGAGCUUCGAGGUCGCCAAGUACAUCUGCGAGGACAGUUACGGCUUGAUAUUCGGCGUGAACAUCUUCGUCGCCCUGGUAGCGCAGAGCCUGCUCACGCUAAUAGUCGUCAACACGCUCAUGCUGGACAUCCGGUGGCAGUACUUCAUCUACGGCGGCUAUUUCGUGAUUCUGGGUUUCAUGUAUCUGCUAUUGGGUAUCCUCAAUAUCAUGAAAUAUUACCAGAGUGGCAGGCGUCUCGAUUUGCGGACUAACGACGAAGAUAAAUCAUUUGCCUCGACGCAAACCACGAUUGACGUGAACGACGGCGUAUCAGCGGUGCUCGAGAAUAACAGUUGAGGCUGAAUAGUAGGUUAGCACAUUUGUUGAAUAUACGAGAUACAAAACAGGCCGCUACUUAUCGAUCGUUUUAAAUUUAAUUCGCGUACCAUACGAUUUUUAUUUUUAUAGUGUAAUUUUAUCCAUCGAUCGCGGAUGUCUUCUUACAACUAUGCGCGCUGGUACCUAAUAAUCUUAGAUCGACAUAUCAUUUUCCUACAUUUCUACCCAUUGAGCAAAAAAAAAAUCAUUGAACGAAUAUUAUUGCAACGAUAUAGCGUAUGACAUGUUUUUAGAAUGUAAUUCUUUGUUUUUUAGAACAGUUAUUUGUAAUGACGUCAUUACAAGUAACUAACCGGUUCUUUAAUAUUACCAAAAUAUUUUUAUAAUAUUUGUCGGAAAAUCACAUUUGAUAAUCUUUGAAAAUUAUUUUAAAAACGUUAAAUUAAAACACUCCAAAAGCGUUAAUAAACAUGUACAAAAUUAAUUUUACGAUGUUGAUCUAGUAUUCUUUGUUUACUGGGUAUAUUUGUAUGAUAUACUGGAUAUAUAUGCACAGUAUUAGAUUGUGUUCUCAGAUAAUUUUAUAAAGCAGGAAAGUCAAGAGUAUUAAACUGGUACCAAAAAUUUAUCACUCCUGUACUUUCUUUGUUCGAAGACCGAAGUUCUUUGAACGAGAAAAUUGAUUCACCAAGAUUAAUCCACAAUUGUACAGUUUUAUAGCUUCCACGACAAGUUGUUUGCACCAGUUCAAUAUUACCACUUCGUGAUAAGAGAUGAAUGAUAAUUAGAACGUGUGUAUCUAUACCACAAGCCUGACGUUCGUUGCAUUUAUAUUUUCCAAGUUUUUUCCGAGUUACGCAGAUGAAAUAUUUUUAUGAAACGUUUCUCGCUUUUAGAGUACUGUUGAAAUAUGUUUGAAUGAAACAUAUAUUAAAUAUAUCAUUAUAGAGAUUUCUAUUUAUACAUAUAAUAUUAUAUAAAAAAAUAUACUCAGACGAGAUGCUGUUAUCGAA